GUCGAAAUCUCGGUACGCACUCACUAAUAUUAUCUUAUUCACGAUGCUACUGUAGGAAAUUUGCAAGGAAACUAUUAUUGCAGUAUGUUGGCGCUCUUGAGGCUGUUGUCCAAACACAAAGCCGCUCUUUUCGUGGCUGCGGUUGCGAGCACGGCAUCUUUGCUAUUUGGCUACGAUACAGGUGUUGCCGGAUCUGUUGUUGCCCUCAAAAGCUUCUCAUCAGAAUUCAAAUUCUCUACCGAUGCUGCAAAAGCAGCUGACAUUUCCUCGAACAUUGUCGCUCUCUUGAAUGCCGGGGCCUUCUUUGGAGCUUUAGCCCCUGCUAUUUCAUCUCGAUACUUCGGGCGCAAGAUCGUGAUAAGUGUUGCGGCCUGUUUUCUCCUUCUGGGAGGGAUUCUACAAACUGCUGCCCAGCCGCUAAGACUGUCCAUGAUAUAUGGUGGCCGGGUGAUAUCUGGGUUUGGGGUGGGCAUGGUCAGUAAUCUCGUUCCACUUUACGUGGCGGAAACUUCGCCGAAAGAACUUCGUGGACUUCUGAUGUCGCUUUUCGAGAUGUUUCUUGUUAGCGGCGGGCUGUUGGCUUAUUGGACAACCUAUGGUUGCUCAGUGCACUUAGAGCCGACAAGUAAGCAAUGGCGGAUACCCUUGAGCAUCCAGAUCACUCUUGCAGAAAUUGUACUUGGAGGGUCCUUCGCCAUUGUUGAAUCUCCUAGAUGGCUCGCCAAACAAGGCAGGUGGGAUGAGGCUGGCGCUACGCUCGCUUAUCUAAGGGGUAUUUCCUCUGACGAAUCCGAGUUGAAGUGCGAGCUUGCUGAGAUGUAUGCACAGUUGGAUGAAGAACUCCGCACCACGGCAGGAAGAUCUGUCAAAGAAAUGCUCCAACGAGCGAAUUUUUUCAGAAUACUCUGGGGCUGUGGCAUUGCGUUCUUCAAUAUUUGGUGUGGGCAAAACGCCAUCCUGUAUUAUGCCCCAACCAUUUUCAAGCGGAUUGGGUUCAGGGGCCAGAACCCAGCACUUUUCGCCAGUGGGAUUUUCACAGUCAUCAAAGUGGUUGUCACGAUUGCCUUCCUUGUCUUGGGUGUGCAGAACUUUGGCAGGAGAAGCAUACUCUCUGUGGGGAGCUUCUGUAUGAUGGCAAUGCUAUUCUCACUGGGCGCAGUCUUGAAGACCCACCCUCCAAUUACCGGGCAAUCAAUUAAUAACUCUCCAAGUGGAAGAGCGAAGAUGGCUACAGUUUAUCUGUAUAUCAUCGCCUAUUCAAUGUCAUGGGGUCCUCUGAUCUGGGUGUACAUGGGAGAGAUCUUCCCAACUCGAAUUCGUGAUUAUUCGAUGGCAGUGGCAACCAUGGUCGUGUGGUUCUUUAAUUUCGUGGUCUCGAAAUGGACGCCAGCGAUGAUAUUACAUAUUGGAUGGAAGACUUGGAUCGUUUUCGGGACAAUGAAUGCUGUUGGAUUUCUUUUCACUCUGUUCUUGCCGGAGACGAAGAGCUUAUCGCUGGAAGAAAUGGACGUUCUCUUUCACGUGGUGGAUCAGUCAACCCGCCUUCAUGAUAUUGAAGACUACAUCGCCACUCCACAGCCAGAAGCUACUAACAAAUCUGAGCUCUGA